UGACAAGGCAAUUCCCCUCCCUCCAUUUCCCUUCAUACUAAAAACACUCACAGAAGAAGUUGCAGCGUUGCAGGUUUUCAACUCAGAGUGAGAAGAGAGAAAUCAAUGGCUUCCACUUCAGCAGUUUCAAUGGCUCUGCCACUAACUCGUGCUACCCAAAACAGGGUGCCUGCCUCUGAAGCUUUCUUUAAGCCGUUGCCACUCAAGCCAUCGGGGGCAAUCCCAACUACAACAUCCAAUGGAAGGCUUCAAGUCAAGGCUGCUGCUUCUUCACUCAAGGACAAGGCAGUCACAGGAUUGACAGCUGCUGCAAUCACAACAUCCAUGGUCAUCCCUGAGGUGGCUCAAGCUGCUGAUGGAGUUUCCCCUUCUCUCAAGAACUUUUUGCUUAGCAUUGUGGCUGGUGGUGUUGUGCUUGUUGCCAUUGUUGGAGCUGUAAUUGGUGUGUCCAACUUCGACCCUGUCAAGCGGACCUGAACCAUAUAAGCUCUCAGAUGCUACUAUGCUAUGAGUUUUUUUUUUCCAACCUGUGUGUCUGUUUAAUAUUUCCUGUAAUGAAUUGUCUUUGGCUAAUACCCUAUGAUUUCCUAUAAACUUCUACUCUUCUUAACACAA